AUGGAAAAUCCGAAUUACGCAACAGUAAGAUCUGACGACGAAUUCAUAAAUAAUGCUGAACCAACAAGAAUACAAGAUAACAACAAAAACCGCAGCAGCAUCACUAAUCUUGAUGAAGUUUCUAUUAAAUCAGGCAAUGACACUGAAAAAGCUAAUAAAACUCAACAUAGAAAAGUUAUUUCUAGAGAUGCUACCAAGUGGUAUAAAAAUACUAGAGCCGUUUUGACUGCCUUCAAAUCAAAUUUUUUGUUGAUUUUUUUACCUCCCGCUAUUAUGUUGAAGUAUUUUCACGUCCAUGAGGGUUUAGUGUUUGUCUUUAAUUUUUUGGCAAUUAUUCCGUUAGCCAAAAUUAUGACUGUUGGAAUUGAUGAUUUCGCGACCAGAUUGCCUCCGAUUCUUGGUGUAGUCUUUCUGGCUGGUUCAUGGCCAAGGGUUCAUCGAGAGUCCAAGCAUGCUCAUUUGAACACUCAGUUAUGGGUAGCGACUAGUGCUUCAACACUCGCUCUCGCUGUUCUUGCUCUCGUAACCCCUGCUGCAUUCAAGAUUGCUGCUCCUGCCGGUACUGGUAUUGAAUGUGAUAUUCAAAAUAUCAGCCAUUCUACUGCUAUUGUUUUAUUACUCGUAUACUGUGGUCUAUUGGUAUUUCAGCUGAAAACUCACGCUCAUGAGGUUUUUGUUUCUAACUUUAUGGAGCACUAUGAUGCCAUCAAAGUAGCUUCUAAAGAUAAGGUCGAUACAGCUGUUAGUUUGGUUCUCAAUACCUCUGUGCAAAUUGCUCUUUUAAUUGCUCCUGCACUUGUUCUUAUCGGUUGGGCAGUUUCUAGGCCAUUAACUUUGGAUUUCAACGUAUUGGAAGUCAGUGUGUUAGCUUGUGCUGUACUAAUUGUUAAUUAUCUAGUUGCGGAUG